AAAAAGUUUCUCUUUAGAGCUGAGUAGGUCUAAGGAACACAUUUAGUUAAACUUGCAGCCCUGCAAACGGAUCCUGUAAGACUGUAUACAGUCAGCUCAGCUGAGUUGAAGUUGAGAAUCUGCUAUCUCUAUGGCUGGUACUGAAACAACUGUCCUGAAGGGAAUACAUGAUUCCAGCAGUCAAUCAUCUUUGCACCUGGAAGCAGACGGAACACCUCAAAUUUCAUCAAUCGACCAAGUAAGGCUCAAGUCCAAAGUAUCGAAUUUUGGUUCAUGGGAGAGUGGAGAAAACUGCUCUGUGUACUUUCACAUUGCAGGAAAAAAGAUGAUAAACUCAGAUGACCCUCAAGAUGGAGAUCCUAGAGCAGAUCCAAAGGAACAGCAAUCUAAAGUGCUCCAAUUUGGUGCCUCAGAUAAUAGAGUCAAAACUGCUGGCUACACCACUUAUAUUGAAAAUAAACAGAAAGUAAACAACAGAUUUCUUACAGUGUCCAAAAAUGAACCCCGGAUGAAAGGAGAUGUGGUUCAAGAGGAUCCUUCAGCUCAGGAUCGUUCUGCACCAGAUAAACCAGUAACACAACAAGAAGCACGGUCAAAGAUGCUACAGUUUGGUGUACAGGAGGGUGAAGGCAAAGCUGAUUACAACCAGUGCUUUGACAAUGUUUGGAUGGACAACAAGUUUGGAAACAUGGUCUCACCAAAAGUUUCUGAUGCACCUCAGUUGAACUCAGAUGAUUGCAAACCUUCAAAAAAGGAUAGUCAUUCCAUGGAGCAUAAAUUUUAUUGGAGGUAUACGAUAUACUCAGACAACGACAAUGAAUAUGCAUAUUCGUCUAGUGACAGUUGGGAAGACGAGGAAACCUUGCCUGACGAGGAAACCUUUACUAAGGCAAGGUCUCCUCUACUGGAUGAGGGUUGGAUUUCUGAAAGAGUUCGGCCUCUAGAUAGAGCCGAUGAUCUGCUGAGUUAUGAGGAAGGUAGAAGAUCAACAGUUGAGCAAAGUGACGGCAUUAGAAUUGCAUCCCAGGACCUCCCAAAUUCUACGGAAGGAUCUGAAACUUCGCUUAGGAAGGAAUCCAAAUCCAUGCAGAUGAAUGGAGACAUUCUUCUUCAUGAGGAUCCUGAUCCUCCUGCACCAGCUGAUUCAGAAGCACGGUCUAAGGUAGUGGUGCCACAGAUUGGUGUUUGGGAGUUUGAACGUGAAGCUGGUUGUAUCCAGUGGUUUGGCUGUGUUUGGAAGAACAUUAAAAGUGGGCUCAUGAUCACGCCAAAACCUCCCAUGAAUUAUAGUCAUAAUCAAGAUAAUCAAGGUCGUUGGCCUGAUAAUUGUAGUAGUACCCAAAUUUCCCCUAUGCUCCCAUUCAGGCCAUGCCUCCAAAGUGAUGAGAGUGGAGCGAGUGAAGAAUCCAGGAGACUUGUCAAUAAUGCAAGGUUUCCUCUACUGGAUGAUGAGGAAUUGAUUGCUGAAAGAGGUCGGCCUCUUCCUAAGGAUUAUGGGGGAGGUAUGAGAUUAACUGUUAAGCAAAGUGACGACAAGGUUAUUGGUCAAACUGGAAUUGCAUCCCGGGGCUUCUCAACUUCUACGACUGGAUCUACAACUCCUCUCCAGAAGAAAUCCAACCUCAUGCAGUCAAACGUUGGGGCAACCAGUGAAGAGGUCCCAAACAAUGACUCUCUUGCAUCCCGUGAUCACCUGUUAACUGAUCAUCCCAACCUAGAGAAAAAGGGGUUUCAAGGUGAAGUUAUGCAAGUCCAAGCUUGGGGAUUUCCACUGCAGUUGGUGACACGUUGUUUUGGACAAACUGACAGAAGAAAUGCAAAAUGAGUGGCGAGAUAAGAACAUUCAAGUAUUGAUUGUGUGAUAAGUGAGUUUUGAAUUACAAUGGGUGUGUUUACAUUCUAUUUAUAGCACAAAAAAUAUAACAACUAGACGAGUUUGCUGGAGAAGAUCGGUCACUCUUGAUUGUUCGCCUAGAGUUCUGUGAGUAACAUUGGUCAUUUCAAUCAGUUCAAUUCCAAUCUCUCGCUUCUUCAAUUCACCAUCAUCAAGGUUAAUACAAAUGAAUUGUGUGCUAGAUUGGUCCAGAAACUUGGUAAUAACACCGUCAUCUUUUCAUUUUGAGUUUUAGUAAUACACUUACAUGUGGGAUAGAAGAAUGUCUGCUGAUAAAUCUUACUGGUUUAAUUAGUUUUAGCUCAUUGAAUUAAUUUAGUAAUUUUCCACUGGCAUUCUGAUGUAUUUUUGUUGUGUAUGCAUGCUUAAUUACUGCACUAGAACAUUAAAUGAAGGCUAUUCUGAUGUAAUUCAGAAUUAUCAAUCUAAAUCCCUCUCUUCAACUUUUA